UAUCAAUUAACUACUGACAAACGAGCUUUUCAUUUUCUUGUAGCCCGCGGAACAAGUUGACGCAGUAGCUGCAUGGAAAUAAUAGACUUGAACAUCGAAGCAGCAUGGCGGGCAUUUGAAAGAGGAUCUCAAACCUUUUAGCCACGUACGUAAGUACCUACAUGCAAAGAGAGCAGAAAAAGAGACUCUUCAAAAUGUGACCACUAGUUGACAUUUGAAAAUUGCAAAAUUCUAUGUAGUACAUGAACAAAUACAAACAUCAAGGAAAAACGCUAGUACAGUCCUCAACCAAAAAAAAACGCUUUUGAUUGUCGCUGGUAGAAGACUGGAGGGUACAGUUACACCAGAAUAAACUUGGACUCAAAAAGUAUACAAAUCUUGGAUUCAUCAGUAAAGACCCGACCCUCAUAUCAUCUCUUUACACGGACUAUUACUACACCCUCUACGCAAUAAAAAAUGGGCGGAGGACGACGGGUGGACCAGCAGCAGAACCCAUCAGCGGGCACCGGUAGCAAACACAGCAAAGCUCCUGCCGCGCCCGCGACCUCCUCAAAUACCACUGCUCAAACCCAGUUGCAGCGUCAGUUGGAGGAAGAAUUAGCUCGGUUGAACUUGAGUCCGGAAGAAGCGCGCGCGCGACAGGAGCAGCUGGAGGAGGAGGAGCGGCAGGCGCAGGCCCGGCGGCAGAAGAAGGCGGACAAUGCCGAGCGGGAAAGGCUGAAAAAGGAGCGGAAGGACCGUGAGCGGAAGCAGCAGGCGUGGCAGAAGUCGAAGUUUUUGGAUAAGUGCAUGUUCGGCAAGUGCGUGGAUGUGGACGAGGAUGAACAAGAGAAUGGAGCAACUACAGGGACUUCCUCCUCAACCAAGAACAACAAGAAAUCCUCCUCCUCCAGCCAGGCUGCCAGCGACUCGUGGGACAACUACAACGGGGAAUGGGAUCAUCUGUUGGAAUGGAGCACAGACGAAUGUCAGUACGUCGUAAAGAAGGACCUGCGGCAGUACUGCAAAGUGAUCGGCGACAUCAAUAAUUUCCACGGUCUGCAGUUCAAGUGCCUCCUGUGUCGGACGAAAUCGACGAAGAAGCCGAAGGAAUUCUACUGGGAGCACUCGCAGGACCCGGAGCAUUUAGUAGAAGUGAAGAAUCGGCAGAUUGCCAUGGACACGCUGCGGCUGGUGCUCGACAAGAUUCUCGACAACACCGUUUCCACCGUGGAGCCGCGGAAAAACUGCCCCUACCUCAUGUUCGUCAUGAGUGAGGAUUAUUUCCUGAAGGCAAAUGUCUGCAAGAUGCGCUGUCUUUUAUGUGGAGAGCAUCAGGACGAGGUAGAGGCGGUUCUUGUACUUUUUCACGCAUAGACUUAGACAGAGAAUGAGAAUCAACGAAGGGGCGGUGGUGCCCAUUUUGUUUUCAGUGUCCUUCUCUUGUUGCGUCUUAUAUAUCCAAAUCACUCAAAGAAGAGAGACUAUUUAGUACUACGUCACUCAAACUACGCCUACGACCAUCAGGUUCUGACCCCGAAACACCUGGAGAAGCUGGAGAACCUACAGUGGUCCUGUGAGGGCAACAAGAAGCACCAGAAGCAAGCCUGGAUGUUUAGUCGCGAGGGCAUGCAAUGCCGCGACUACGAGCCACAGCGUCAGCAGAUUCUGGACAUCAAGAAGCGCAUCAUCAGUGCCGCACCAAUUCCGGAAUUCUACAAGCUGAAUAGUAGUUUUAAUACGGCGACAUCAAGUACUACGACGACAACAUCUGGUGAAAAAAACGCCAAUUCUUCCUCAUCGAAAGACACAGCGCACAGCAGUAAGCGAUCGAGCAAUUUGGACGACACAAACGUUGACGAGGAGGACGAAUUAUGCAUUGCAAAAGUAUCGUACUCGUAUAAAUUUAAAUGCAUUACAAAUUUCCCCAGCAUGAGAAAUAAGAUUUGUAGUGCAGAUUUGUCGUGGACACGAUAUUUGUAAUGCAAGACUUGCAUUUAAAUUUAUACGAGUGCGAUACUUUUGCACAGGAUACGAGUAUGAUUUUUCAAGCGAUCUCAGUUCUGAAGCCAGCAUCUGAGCAGCUAAUAUGGCGUAUUUGUAUUUACGCAUGGUCUCGUCCUUCCCUAUUUGCAAGAUGAAAGUUGUCGAUACCAUUCACGGCAGAGGGUGCACUUCGCAAAUAACGACCUUCGUCGAUUUGGAAUAAGUAGCAGGGGUAGAAGAGAUUGAACGAACAAGACAUGGACUAAGUGAUAGGAUUGUCAGGCUUGCGCCAAUGUUUUCGAUACGAUAAGAUCUUCAGCGAAGAAGUGUCUCCAUUUGGGCGGGCGGCUUCCUAAUAAAUCCUAACCUUCAAUCAUUGUUCCACUGGAUUCUUGCUCCACUUCUAGCUCUCUGUCGAUUGUAUCUCCGUGCAUAAUUCGCGUCGGACAUAGGAAGAGAGUAGACAAUUUUUGUAAAACUUUUUUGGAAUACGAAUAUUCGGUCACAAUCACACGACUAGUAAAAAUUCAACCAGUUUUGCUAGUCAUGCCCAAGUAGUCACAGUUUUUGUGUUGUCAAGUGUGCUGCUCAAUGUUUGAUGCCGUUUUCUUAUUCUUUGAUGUUGUCGUGGGUGGAUCGCUCCUGCUUUUUACUAUGACGACGCAGUCGUGUGACGCCAUUUCAUGCUGGUACGUUUUGACUACAAGUUUUGGGUGCGUGCAUAUGCAUUUCGUACUCCGACGCACGCAGCUGUAAAUCUUCGUUCCCUCGGUGAAAUGGGCAAGAAGUUUGAUUUUUUCUGGUAUCUACAGGUACCCAUGGGCAUAGAUAGGAUCGACAUUUUUCUUGAUAAACCUCCGCGAUGUACCAUGGACAUACGGCGUUGAAGACCUUAAGUGCAUGUAUAUGACGACAACUUGACGGGUUGAAAAACACAUAUACGUUCUCAUAAAUUAUCGGUGAUUUUUAUCAACAUUGAUUGUCACGCAGACAAGGUCAUCUGCGGUGUUGUUUUCAUGCCUUUCUUGGACCCAAUAGUGCCCGUCGAAAUGAAUAUCGUCCACGCGAGUUAAAAAAAUCUCGUCGUCGCACUUCGUUUCGUCUCUCGUCCUUGGAAAAUCAGGUGUGCGUCCGAGAAGCCGUAGAGGAUAUUUUGUACCACGUACUGCGACCGAGCCCAGCAGCAAGAACAUACUUUUGUAGUAGUUUUUGCGGAAAAAUAAAA